AUGAUAUUUGAUAUCAAAGAAUAUGAUCCCAAGAUGAUAAAAGCAUUAACGGAUCUCAUCAAGUCAAAGAAUCUAUACGCCAAGACCAUAGUUAUAAGCUUCAAUCCCUGUGCACUGUUCACCAUCAAGCGAGUUGAUAGAAAUAUACUAACUGGUUUAACUAUUCGAGCAGGAUACAUGAGCUAUGAAGAUUUGGACAGAAGAAUUUUGAGGAAUAGUCCACCACUACAGUACAUAGAUUUCAUCAUAGACGGCUUGAUUGAAUUAGGUGUCCACUCGUUCGUACUACCUGCAUUUCUGGGUGUCGAUAUGCUUCUUCUCCACUACAAAUGUGUCAACAGGUUUGUCAAUUGGAUGAGGCAGAUGAGGCACAGCUGA